AUGGACAUCACCAAUCAGAAGGAACGCUUCCGAGUUUCGAACCGCACCUCUCCAUUUUCCGAGUCUAGCGAAAGUGAAUACGAUUCGGAGGCCGCAGAUGAUGGAGACGACGGUACAGAUGACGAACAACCCGCACAACCUUUUGCGCAAUUGAUCCAAGCUAUGGCAGGCGAGCUUCAUAACGGUGACACUACUCAACCGCUCAUUCAACAUGAGUCUCACCUGCAUAUGCUAGCUCAGCUGGGAAUAUUUUAUGCGGCCCAACCCGUAAUCAAAAGACCUUAUCGCGUAGUCAAGAAUCCAAGACAGCUCAAACAACUCAGUGGCACUGAUGCCAUCAUUGCUCCUUUUCUGAUCUUUACGAAGGAGGACAUUUUUCUUGUUCAGGGCUCAUACAAGACAUCCAUGAACUAUACCUUCAAUCAAGUUACUGCUAUGCAGCGACCACUACAUCCGGGCCGAUGGGUAGAGGCCCUCACCUCUCAAGAUCGACACUGCUUCUUUUCUCAGAUACCUGAGCUAGGCAUCUUCAUAGUCGGAUCUCCGAUUGGUCAUGCUGGCGUGUUCAGCGUAUGUUUUACUAAGCGUGAGGACCACGAACAGCCACUGUAUGGAUUCAAGCUCGAGUAUUUGUUGCCUUUCCACAAAAGCGAUCAGACGAAAAUUACUGGAGUGCCGCAGGGACGACUGCUUGGUAUAGCUGUAGCACCCAUACAAGGCAUGUUUGACGUUCCAAGAGACACUGAAGCAUUGGAACAAGAGAAAGAGACACUGCAACCAAGGCGAUGGCGCUUGUUAAUGUACUACAUGGAUCACACCGUAUUGAGCUUUGAGCUGUCGAGGAUGAGAGUGGACGAGUCACCGUCCUUGAGCGAUAUGGUUGUUUAG